AUGGCAGACUUCCAGCCGCCGCGCGAGGAGGGCCUGGAAAGUGUGCCCAAGACGAUGGUGGCGAACCCGGGACACUUGUGGAGCGGCAGGGAGGACCAGCUUGCGAGGAUGCUUAAGGAACACCACAGCGAGCUUAUGGAGAAGCUCCAGAGGCAGGACCAUUUGCUGCUGCGGGUGCUCGAGAACCCGAGAGCGUCCAACCCGUCGUGGCAGACCAGCACGAACAUGAGCCCCUGCGAGUCGGACAAGCUCACCUGGGAAAAGAAGGCCGAGGUGGAGGUGGUUUCGGAGGAGGAGCCGGAGGACGCGAAUGAGGAGCCAAUUUCUCAUGAGCCAACUUCUCCGAAGCUGUUCAACACCUACACCUGCCACCAGAUUGGUUUGCAGGAUGCGGCAGCUAGCAUGGAUGGGAGGAACUCGCGGAUGCGCUUCGCAAUCCGGAGCAACCUGGGCCGCCGUGCGAGAAAUGCAGGUCUGUUUAUCGGCCGGGUGGUUCACCAUCCCGGCUUCGACAUCUUCUUUUCCAUGGUUGUGAUCCUCAACUCGAUCUACAUCGGCUUUGAGGUGGAGGCCAGCAUCCAGGUGCCGCCGCAGCGGCCCCCGGUCAUGCAGGCCUUCCAGUACUCUUUCACCUUCCUCUUCGCCGCGGAGCUGCUGCUGAGGCUCUGCGCCAACGGGCGCCAGCUCUUCGCCGGGGACGACUGGAUCUGGUCGCUGCUGGACGUCUUCAUUGUGCUCACCUCCUUUUGGGAGGUCAUUGUGGACGUGGUCUACUACGCCAGCGACGGCAAGACCAGCGUGGACUCCAUCGCGGGCCUGUCGAGCCUCAAGGCCUUCCGCAUCAUCCGGAUCACCCGGAUCCUUAAGACGGUGCAGCUGGCACGGAUCCUGCGUUUUGUGGUGGCGCUGCGGACUUUGGUCACCUCCAUCUUCCACACACUGAAGAGCUUGAUGUGGGCCAUGGUGCUGCUGAUGCUCAUCGUGUACGUCUUUGCGGUGCUGUUUACCCAGGCAGUCAACGACUUUGCGAACGAUCCUGUGUCCCAACAACUGUAUACAGAAUACGAGCUUGAGGCCAGUAAGCUGUACUUCAGGAACUUAAGCGCCACCAUGCUCAGCUUGUUCAUGAGCAUCGCCGGCGGCGUCAGCUGGGAGCAAGUGCUUCUUGCACUCUACAAGAUCUCCUACGUCUGGGUUGCUAUCUUUUUGUUUUACAUAGCGUUCACGUAUUUUGCAGUUUUAAAUGUCGUAACUGCAGUCUUCUGCCAAAGUGCGAUUGAUAGCGCCCAGAAUGAUCAUGCAACGAUGAUGCACGCCGUGCUCGCAAAUAAGCAGGCGCACCUGGAGAAGGUAAAGGAUCUAUUCUCCCGUCUUGGAGCUGAAGAGACAGGCAGCAUCACAUACCUGAUGUUUAAGGAGAAGAUCGAUUCGCCAGAGGUGAGGGAAUACUUUGAGUCGUUGGGCCUUGAUGUUUGGGACGCCUGGUCCUUCUUCAAGAUGCUGGACCUGGAUGACAGCGGCGCGGUUGAUAUGGAAGAGUUUCUCAUGGGCUGCUUGCGAGUCCGUGGCUCUGCCAAAGCCAUCGAUCUCAGCAAGAUCAUUCACGACCAGACCUGGCAAAUCAAGAACCAGGGCAAGUUCCAAGCAUAUGUGGAGGAGCAGUUGAAAGAGAUCAAGGACGGCCUCCGAAUAAGGCAGCAAAAGAGCGUGAGCACAGAUCGCCUAGGGCGAAACUGA